AUGAUUAAUGAGUGCGAAAGUAUCCUAAAUGCUGCUUGGGAUAUAAUAGACAGUAAGCAUCAGGGGUUUAUUUAUGCCAAGGACAUUCCAGAGUUGAUUCGGCGGUUGAACACAUUCGUGACCCAUAACUUAACUACAAAGGCUAAUGAUGAAGUGAUUUCUAGUUUUGCUAAGGAACAGCCGUUUUUAAAACUCUCUAAAGAUGAGUUCAAGGCGAAGUUCCAGUCAUUGGUUGGUACUGGUAUACAGACGGCUGUGGAGAUGGCCAAUAUGAGUGACACGAAACCGAGGUUGUUUGGAUCCAUUCGAAGGUCGAGUAUCAAGGGCGAAGAGACGUCGAAAGAGGAACAUAUGCGGAAGAACUUAGAAUUAGAGAAAUUGAGGGGUGAAAUAGAGGACUGGAAGAGUAAGUAUCAGUUCUUGGAGAGGGAGUUUCUGUUUUACCAAACACACCAUGAAAAUCUGGUGGAUUCCACACAGCACGAGUUCAUAAUCAGUGAAAUGAAACGUACCAUAGAAGAACAAACGAGAGUGAUUGAUACGUUAAAAUGUCAAAUGCAGGGCAAAGACAUUGUCAUGGUUUCAAAGGGGAACCACCGUUAUAGAGAGGCUUUUAUUUUACAUCAGACAGAUCUUGAUAUUUCUAAUCAAGUCGCCUAA